UUCAUUCAAUCAUUGGUUACCCAUGACGUCAUUAGUUUUAAAGUCGGAAUCAAAAUAGUUAAGUUGGAGGAGAAUUUACUUUCUUUUAAUAGAUACGGUUUUAUUUUUUGUUUUUUUAAUGAUGUGUUUACCUCUUCACAUGCUGGAACACCUACAUCGAGAAAUGACGAGAUUAAUUAAUUUUUAGGCUACAUCUUAAAUAGAUGAAAGUUUAAAACAAGUUAGAACUGUUGGUUAACACUCAACAGUUUCAAGAACGAUGAUGAUAUUGAGUAAAAUGCUAGGUUCUAGAUCAGAUUGGGCAAACUAUAGUCUGGGAGGUUUGGAAGAAAAUUUUUUAUAGCUAGCAUUUUAAUUUAAAAAAAAAUUCAGAAUGAAUAUGGGUGAUAGUUUAGAUGACAAACCACCUGCUCCUCCUGUAAGACUGACAAGCACAAGGGAAUCAACUGUACCAGUUGAUAUGAGGCCAUUGCCUAAAGAACCAGAGAAUGAAGAGAAAAAGAAAGUGAAACUCAAACCAUCUAAGAGUACAAAGAAAGAUCGCAAGGAAAUUGAAAAACCAGUGAUUUCACCUCCAACAAAUUUUGAGCACACAGUUCAUGUAGGCUUUGAUGCUGUAACUGGAGAAUUCACUACUUUGGAGGGAGAUGCAUUCAGGGGCAUGCCUGAGUCAUGGGCAAGACUAUUACAAAAUUCAAAUAUCACAAAAUCAGAACAGAAAGAAAAUCCUCAAGCAGUCUUGGAUGUUUUAAAUUGGUAUGAUGCAUCAACCAAAGAAGAAUCAAAGUACAUGACUGUCAACAGAACAAUAGCUGACAUUCUCAACCUUUGGCCUCCAACUUCAACAAAUCUAUAUGCAGAUAAUACGUAUCCUUCACCAAGACCAAGUUAUCUUGCUGAUAAAUAUGCAACAAGUACUGUCAUUCCUCCUCUGGUAGUUGCAAAAAAUGAACCUUCCCCUUCUCCUCCUUCGACUCCUGAGGAAGAAGAUCUUGGUCCUCCACCUCCUAUUGCAGCUAGACCAGAGAAAACAAAAUCUAUUUACACUAAACCAAUUGAGGAAGAAGUUAAGAAUGGAGCUAUUGGUUUUGAUAAAAAAGACAUUGCAAACAAUAAUAAUUCCACUGCUAGACCAAAGAAGAAGAAAAUGUCAGAUGAGGAGAUUAUGGAGAAAUUAAGGAAUAUUGUAUCAGUUGGUGAUCCUAAUCGUAAAUAUACUAAAAUGGAAAAAAUUGGUCAAGGGGCAUCUGGCACUGUAUACACUGCCAUAGAGAUAGCAACUGGAGUUGAAGUGGCCAUCAAACAAAUGAAUUUAUCACAACAACCAAAGAAAGAACUUAUCAUCAAUGAAAUUCUUGUCAUGCGUGAAAAUAAACAUCCAAAUGUAGUGAACUAUUUGGAUAGUUACUUAGUAGGAGAGGAACUAUGGGUUGUAAUGGAAUAUCUAGCUGGAGGUUCUUUAACAGAUGUUGUCACAGAAACAUGUAUGGAUGAAGGACAGAUUGCAGCUGUUUGUCGUGAAGUUCUUCAAGCUCUAGAGUUCCUACAUUAUAAUCAAGUUAUUCAUAGGGACAUUAAAAGUGAUAAUAUAUUGCUGGGAAUGGAUGGGAGUGUUAAAUUGACUGAUUUUGGUUUCUGUGCUCAAAUAUCGCCUGAGCAAAAUAAAAGAACAACAAUGGUUGGUACACCCUACUGGAUGGCACCAGAAGUUGUUACAAGGAAGCAGUAUGGACCAAAAGUUGAUAUUUGGUCAUUAGGUAUAAUGGCCAUUGAAAUGAUUGAAGGAGAACCACCAUAUUUAAAUGAAAAUCCAUUGAGGGCACUCUAUUUGAUUGCAACAAAUGGCAAACCAGAAAUUAAGGACAAAGAAAAAUUGUCUCCUGUCUUCCAGGAUUUUCUUGAUAAGUGCCUUGAGGUAGAUGUUGACAGUCGCUUUUCUGCCUCAGAGUUACUUAAGCAUCCUUUUCUGAAAUUGUCAAGGCCAUUGGCAAGUCUACAACCUUUAAUAAUUGCAGCAAAAGAAGCAGCUAAAAGUCAUUAACUUCUUGGUUAACAUUUUAGAAGAAAUUGUGAAUUAAUCCAGUAUAAAUUAAUUUUGAUAAAAAUGAGACAGAAAAAAAGACAUCUAAAUUUAUAAAUGCACAGUUUUUUUGGUUUGGUGCCAAAAGUGUACUUUUUGGACAAACACCAAGAUUCAGAAUUAAGAAAAAAGGAAAAAUAUAAAUUUCAAAUGAAGUUAAAUUCGUCACAUUCCCUCAAAAAAUGGAAAAAAGUGAAAGUGUAAACUGUAUGAAAAUCGAAAAGUGUUGUCAUCAUUCAUCAUCAUUGCAUCUAUUCCAUUUUCCAAUUGUUUUUUUGCACAUAAUGUCAUCAAAUCGUUUAUAAUUUAAAGAUAUAAAUAGCUUGCCUUGCAGCUAAAAUGCAUUUUCCUGAAGCAAUUCUCAAACUCCAUUAUGAAAAGACCAAGUAAAGGGGUUUGUGUAAGUAAUAAAGUCGCUAUAGCAUAACAAACCAUUAAACUAAUCACUUCUUGUUUUAAAAAUACAUUUUAUAAUUUUAAUUAUGUUCUAAAUUCUAAAAUUAUUUUUGACAAAUUGAAAAUAUUUGUUGAAAAUAUUAAGUUUAAAUAUACGUAAUUAAAAUAUAUUAACCAAAUAUUCUCAUAGAAGUUUUAAAGGUAUAAAAUAUAGUAAAAGUUGUAAAAUUAAAGUUCCUUCUAAUAGAUAUUGAACACUAAGGAAUUCCUUGAAUUCACAUGAAAUUGAACAGUCAAAUAUAUAUCAACUUUGAUUUACAACGAUUUUCCCUAAGAAUCAAAUUUAUUGUUCAAUUAAGUAAUGUCGUCUUCAGGAGAGAUUUAUGCAAAAUCUCUACCUUCUUAAGUAAUAAUUUUUAUAUAAAAUAUAGAUUUUAAAUGAAAAUUUUGGAUAUAACUAAAUUUAUUUACUUUGUUCAUCGUCAUUUUAAACAUUCAUAAUAAUUUGUAUAAUGUUUUACAUCAUUUUAUAGAAUUUAAUAUGAUGCUUCCAAAAAUUUCUCUUUAAAAGAACUGCCAAUUAAUUCUCAUUUUUCAAAAGUGUGUCUGAUUUCUCAUUUACAAGCUUAUCUGGCAAAAUUUUGCAUUAGGUUUAUGGUAAAAUGCUGCUUUCUUUGAUUAAAAAUUAUAUGUGGAGCGUUUAGUUUCAAAAUAUAAUAGGCAUUCGUAAAUAUUAAAGACUAGUAAUGGCCAUUAUAGGUAAUUUUUUUAAGCUUCUUGCACAAACCCCUUUCAAAUUGUCAAAUUUUCUAUAUUGAAAAAUUAUUUCAAAAAUAAAAUGGGAUGAAUUGCACAUUUUUUUUCUUUCAUAAUGAAAGUUUUUAAUUUUUCUGAUAGAAAUAUUGGAAAAAUUUAUGGAAUCUCCUUUCUCUCUCAUCUUACAAAAAAUCUAUAGAAGCAUUUUACGGUUAGAAAAUUCUCAUACUAAACGAUAAAAAGUUUGAAAGAAGAAUGAAAACAGGACAGAUCAUAGCAAUAAUUUACGUAUUGUAAUAAUUUCGACUUUUUUUUAAUUAUUAAAUUUUAAUUUCCAAGAACUAUUUAUUAUUAUUCUUUAAAGACAAUUUUUCCGGUGUUGCUGAAUUAUAAAGUUGUCAUUUGUUGUAAUUCAAAGAAUCGUGACUGUGAAUGUAUGAAAGUGAUCAAUAAGAAAGAAUGAAAGAUAUUUACUACUUUGAAA